CACAACUUGCAUUGCUUCUAGGGUUUCUACUCUCCUCAAGUGAGGUUCCGCCAUCAUGGCUCUGUUAGGUUAUCUCAGUUCAUCUUUCGCUUUUCUCUCUUGUUUUUCAUCAAAUGUUUACUCUUUGCCCUUUUUUCCCUUAAGAUCUAGCAUAUUUUCUUCUUAAAUCACAAAAAACCCAAAAACAGUUUUGGUUUUCAUCUCUGCACAAACCCUAAUCUGAUUGAAGAUUCUUGCUACAAAUAUAAUGGGAAGCUUGCUAGUUUUGAGCUUUAUGCAUGAUGGCUAUAGAUGCUCCAAGAGACAAUCACUUCAUCAAGGAUGGGAGGGCUGAUGUGGUCGCAUUGGUCAAUAUGAACGAAGAGCAAGGAUGGGGUUACUUAGUGGCCGGUGCUGAUGUACUUGAUCCUCAUAGAAUCAUACUCAUUCAGGUGAUCUUUGCCCUUGCUCUACCUUAAUGUCAUCCCUAUUAAAUCAGAAGCUUAUGAGUAUUAUCUAUUAUUGGUUAUCUCUUGUGAGAGUCUGAAAUUCCUUCGAGGCUCAAGUAUUAGGAAGCUUGUCUCAGGAAAAUUGUUGAACUUAGUCUGUGAUUUUGAUUAUCAGAGAUUAAUAAAAAUUGAUUACUUCUUUCUUUUUGUGGUUUUUGAGAGGGACUAUCGUAAUUUGUGCCAUGAGCUUUCAAAGGGUAUGAAUAUUUAUGAUGUAAAGUUUAGAUUGGGGAAUAUUAGUAACAAUCUGAAUUGGGAAUGUGAAAUUUGCAUGUCUGAUUGGUCUACUUCAAACAGGAAUCCAAUUGUUCUAUUGUGUUAUGGUGAGUUUGCUUAUGGUAGUCUUACCAUAGUAGCAUAUUAUUAAUACAGUGAAAAGGAGCACAAUAUGUUAAUUUGUCCUCUUGAAAUAUUUGCUUUUGGUGGUUGAAAUUAGUCUACUGAGGGGUUAGGUGGCUGUCCCAUAACAACCACAGGGGCAUCAUGACGCACUAAGAUAAAUAGACACAAGGCAAGGGUCUCCCUUGUGGCCUUUUGGAGUUUUUAAGGUAUUUAUCCUAGACCCUUUUUCUAAUUACAUCUGUUGGUUUUCUCUCAAGUUUUGUUCCAUGUAUGUUUAUGUGCUGUGUGGAGGUGCUAGUAGGUGGUUUAUGGUGUAUGCCAUCGUUGUCUGGAGAUUUGAUUUGGUAUCCUUAACUUACAGGGGGAUAGAGCCCUAUGUAAUUAAGGCUAUACUAAUAGGGUAUGGAAAUUUUGGGAUCUCAAUAACUAGCCCUUGCACUCAACUAGAAGAAGUUUUCUUUGUUAUUGUAGCUAAGGAAAGCUUUGCUUAUCUUUGUAAUGGAUGGAUUAAUCUCCUCUAUUGCUUUCUUGACCCUUAUUAUCUUGGUUUGAUUGUUGUUGUUUUCUUUUGAAAA